ACCAACAAAAAAUAAAGUUUCCAUGCAUGAGAAUAGUGAAUACAAACAGCAUAAAACUCCUGUGAAAUUGUCCUUUGCAUGUUAAAUCAUGUGGAAAACUAGCAUUCACAAAAUGCUUGAAACAAGCUAAAAAGCAAAGUCAAGACAAUGUUAAGAGGGCAUACAUAAAACUAUACCAAAAGCAAAAACAGAAUAGUCAAGGGUAAAACGGAGAAAAAAUUUAAUUUAAUUCAAAACUAAACACAUAAAAGAACAGUUUGGUUUUAAGAACUGUCAGCAGCAGCUACUUUUAACUGUUCACUUGGCUGCAUUGCAUUAUUAUUAUUGGCACUAUGAGAAGAAGAACAACAUCACUGGCAACAACGAUGCCAUUGACAAUGAUGAUAAUGAGAGAGAUGGCGUCCAAAGGACGACACCGACGCGGACGAAGACAGAGACAGGAAACGGAAGCAACUCAAAAGCAACGAGAACAACGAGAACAUAAACAACGAUGGCAAAGUGGCAGGGUAAACAUAUCAGCAGCUUAUGAUAAUGAUGAUGUUGAAUCUGAUGCCGAUGCCCAUGAUGAUGAUGAUGAUGAUGGCAAUGAUGAUGAUAAUGACAAUGUUCUUGGUGGCACUAACACCAACAACCGAGAGUGGCAUAAUCAAAACAGCAGCUCAACAAAUUAUAGCAUUUCCGGCUUAGGGCAACAAAAGCAGGAGCAGCAGCAGGAACAGCAACCCAAACCCACCCAGCAUCAAGAGCAACAACUCUAUCUACCCACCAAACCCAAUUCAUUUCCGUGGCAUCUCCUGCUUCUGCUGGUUGCAUUGUUUACCCUAACUUCAGCUGCAAAUGACUCCACAUAUGCCACUAGCUUGCAGCUUCAGCAGCGAUUGAAUGGCACCGAUUACACAUUACUCGACGACGAAACAACAACGACAACCCUGACAACAUUGGCCGGAGCUCUGGCAACAACGUCAUCGGCUAAAAAUACAGUGGCCAUCGAUUUGAUCGAAGAUGAAGAAGAUGCCGAAAAAGCUAGUGAAUAUAUUUUCGAUCGCACCGAUGUUCGCGUUAUAUUUAUCACACUAUAUACGAUUGUGUUCUGUUGCUGCUUUUUCGGCAAUCUGCUGGUCAUAUUGGUUGUAACUCUUUCACGUCGCCUGCGCUCAAUAACGAAUUUCUUUUUGGCGAAUUUGGCCUUUGCCGAUUUCUGUGUGGGCCUUUUCUGUGUGAUGCAAAAUCUGUCCAUUUAUCUUAUCGACAGCUGGGUCUUUGGCGAAUUUCUUUGUCGCAUGUAUCAGUUUGUUCAUUCAUUGAGCUAUACGGCGUCUAUAUUCAUUUUGGUUGUCAUCUGUAUGGAACGUUAUUUUGCCAUUGUCCAUCCAAUAACCUGUAAGCAAAUUUUAACUGCGGCACGUUUAAGGAUGGUCAUUGUCACAGUUUGGAUUACAUCGGCUGUCUACUCGACACCCAAAUUCGUCUUCAGUAAGACCAUCAAAAAUAUCCACACCCAGGAUGGCCAAGAGGAGGAGAUAUGUGUCCUUGAUCGUGAAAUGUUCAACUCCAAAUUAUUGGAUAUGAUUAAUUUUGUAUUACUGUACGUGAUGCCGCUGUUAGUAAUGACGGUGCUCUACAGUAAAAUUGCCAUCGCCUUGUGGCGUAGCUCACGCGGUCUCACACCGCAUGUGAUGCAGCAGCAACAACAACAGCAGCAGCAGCAGCAACAACCCGCCCAGGACAAUAGCAUGGGUAUGCACAACAGCAUGUACCAUCAUCAUCAUCAUCACCAGCACCAUCACAUGCAUAGUCUCCAUCAUCAUCAUCAUCAGCUGCCAGCCACAACUGUUGUAGGAGGUGGAGGAGCUGCUGUUGUUGCAUCUGGAGUAGGUGGCACUGGAAUUACAACAACGACGCUGGCUUCCGGCAGCAGCAGUUCCACGUCCUUGUCACGUAAACAGAGCAGUAAAUAUGAGAAACGCGGCGUCAGCAUCACGGAGAGUCAGGUGUCUCUGGAGGCGGAUCGACCCAUUGUGAGUGCUUGUCGCAAGACCAGUUUCUAUCAUCAUUCUCAUACGCAUCAUCAGCGACCGGGUAAUGGCGGCGGAGGCGGCAGCGGAGUGGGCAUGGCUGGCACCACACACAUGUCACACUCAUCGAGCAAUGUCCUGCGCGCUCGUCGAGGCGUCGUUCGUAUGUUGAUAAUAUUUGUGCUGACAUUUGCUCUCUGCAAUCUGCCAUAUCAUGCACGGAAAAUGUGGCAAUAUUGGUCACGUUCGUAUCGCGGUGAUUCCAAUUUUAAUGCGCUGCUAACGCCGCUCACCUUUCUGGUCACGUAUUUCAAUUCGGGUGUAAAUCCCCUGCUCUAUGCGUUCCUUAGUCGCAAUUUUCGUAAAGGCAUGAAGGAGCUGUUACUUUGCUCAUGGAAGAAGGGUAAAGGCAAGUCAUCAUCCAAUUCGUCGAUGCAUCACAAGCGUAAGGCCCUGCAGUUUUCUUUACCCCCAUUUAAUGCGAAACACUCUAGACCCACUCGCUGCCCACGGACACCACACACAUUGGCAACGAACAGCUAUGAUGGCCAAGCAUCUGGAAGACUCACUUUAAGGUCUUCGGUCGACGCUCUUAAAUCCCAUCCGAGAAUUACACUAGCUUCUAGUCAUCUUUCCUAGUCUCACAUAUGUAGCUAGCGAUAAUUUCAUUGUGAUUUUCUAAGAAGCCUAUUGCUUGAAUUGAAAUAAAAACGAAAUAAAAUAAAAAAUAUUAAUAAUUAUUAGAUUUACAUACAUAUAUACUAACUACUUGAAUACUCAAGACAACUAAGUCAAAUAGUUGUGUUUAAGAAGUUCAUUAAGAAGGUCAUGUUCUUUUUCUCUCUAUACGCCGCUUUCAUUAAGGCCAAAAAAGGAGAGAAAAAGAAAAUAAAUUGUAUAUUCUAUGUAACCAUAUUUAUGUACAUAUAUUUCAUAAUAUGGUUGCAAUAAUCUUGUCCAGUUUUUAAUGUAAGUUUAACUUUA